CGUUUCAUUUUUCUCUAGCGUUAUUGAGUAUUGACGUGUUACUAGAGUGCUGUAUAUAACUUUUAAUUUUUAUGUUAUCUAAAUAUUGUGAAUUGUAGUUAAUUAAUAUUUGCAUUAAGUAUAAAAAUUGGUAAUUAUUCGUACUUCGGUGUAAUUAAAGAUCUUUUAAAAUGCAGAUCUUCGUAAAAACUCUUACGGGAAAAACCAUCACAUUAGAAGUUGAACCUUCAGACACCAUUGAAAAUGUUAAAGCUAAAAUCCAAGACAAGGAAGGUAUUCCACCAGACCAGCAACGUCUAAUUUUUGCUGGAAAGCAGUUGGAAGAUGGCCGCACCCUUUCAGACUACAACAUUCAAAAGGAGUCAACACUUCAUCUUGUGUUACGUCUCAGAGGAGGAAUGCAAAUUUUCGUUAAAACACUGACAGGCAAAACCAUCACCCUAGAAGUGGAAGCCUCUGACACCAUUGAAAAUGUUAAAGCUAAAAUCCAAGACAAGGAAGGUAUUCCACCAGACCAGCAACGUCUCAUCUUUGCUGGAAAGCAGUUGGAAGAUGGCCGCACCCUUUCAGACUACAACAUUCAAAAGGAAUCCACACUUCAUCUUGUAUUACGUCUCAGAGGAGGAAUGCAAAUUUUCGUUAAAACACUCACAGGCAAAACCAUCACCCUAGAAGUGGAAGCCUCUGACACCAUUGAAAAUGUUAAAGCUAAAAUCCAGGACAAGGAAGGUAUUCCACCAGACCAGCAACGUCUCAUCUUUGCUGGAAAGCAAUUGGAAGAUGGCCGCACCCUUUCAGACUACAAUAUUCAAAAGGAAUCGACACUUCAUCUUGUAUUACGUCUCAGAGGAGGAAUGCAAAUUUUCGUUAAAACACUGACAGGCAAAACCAUCACCCUAGAAGUGGAAGCCUCUGACACCAUUGAAAAUGUUAAAGCUAAAAUCCAAGACAAGGAAGGUAUUCCACCAGACCAGCAACGUCUCAUCUUUGCUGGAAAGCAGUUGGAAGAUGGCCGCACCCUUUCAGACUACAACAUUCAAAAGGAAUCCACACUUCAUCUUGUAUUACGUCUCAGAGGAGGAAUGCAAAUUUUCGUUAAAACACUCACAGGCAAAACCAUCACCCUAGAAGUGGAAGCCUCUGACACCAUUGAAAAUGUCAAAGCUAAAAUCCAAGACAAGGAAGGUAUUCCACCAGACCAGCAACGUCUCAUCUUUGCUGGAAAGCAAUUGGAAGAUGGCCGCACCCUUUCAGACUACAAUAUUCAAAAGGAAUCGACACUUCAUCUUGUAUUACGUCUCAGAGGAGGAAUGCAAAUUUUCGUUAAAACACUGACAGGCAAAACCAUCACCCUAGAAGUGGAAGCCUCUGACACCAUUGAAAAUGUUAAAGCUAAAAUCCAAGACAAGGAAGGUAUUCCACCAGACCAGCAACGUCUCAUCUUUGCUGGAAAGCAGUUGGAAGAUGGCCGCACCCUUUCAGACUACAACAUUCAAAAGGAAUCCACACUUCAUCUUGUAUUACGUCUCAGAGGAGGAAUGCAAAUUUUCGUUAAAACACUGACAGGCAAAACCAUCACCCUAGAAGUGGAAGCCUCUGACACCAUUGAAAAUGUUAAAGCUAAAAUCCAGGACAAGGAAGGUAUUCCACCAGACCAGCAACGUCUCAUCUUUGCUGGAAAGCAAUUGGAAGAUGGCCGCACCCUUUCAGACUACAAUAUUCAAAAGGAAUCGACACUUCAUCUUGUAUUACGUCUCAGAGGAGGAAUGCAAAUUUUCGUUAAAACACUGACAGGCAAAACCAUCACCCUAGAAGUGGAAGCCUCUGACACCAUUGAAAAUGUUAAAGCUAAAAUCCAGGACAAGGAAGGUAUUCCACCAGACCAGCAACGUCUCAUCUUUGCUGGUAAGCAGUUGGAAGAUGGCCGCACCCUUUCAGACUACAACAUUCAAAAGGAAUCAACACUUCAUCUUGUGUUACGUCUCAGGGGAGGAAUGCAAAUUUUUGUUAAAACACUGACAGGAAAAACCAUCACAUUGGAGGUUGAACCUUCUGACACCAUUGAAAAUGUUAAAGCUAAAAUCCAAGACAAGGAAGGUAUUCCACCAGACCAGCAACGUCUUAUCUUCGCUGGAAAGCAAUUGGAAGAUGGCCGAACGCUGUCAGACUACAACAUUCAAAAGGAAUCAACCUUGCAUCUUGUACUCCGUCUGAGAGGUGGCAAUUGAUGAAGCAACCGCUUCUCAAGCUAUAAUUUGUUGCUGUAUUGAACAAUCUUUUGAAAAUGUAUGAAACCAUUCCAAUAUUUCCAUGUAAAUUUUCAACAUUUUAUUGUAAAUUUACUUGUAAUUAUUUUCUGAAAUUACUUUUGUUUUGACCAUGCUAUAUAAAUAAUAAAUAUAAUUUUGAAGUUGUAUAAAUUCAAUACGCAAUUUAUGUUCAAAAUAAAUGAAUACUCAACAGACUA